UUGGGCGUCCGGGUCGCGAUCGCACGCGCACACCGAACUCUACAGAGGCAGCAGCAAUCCUCCAGCCGCCGGGGCGGUACCGCGCCCAAGCGUGAAACUCCCGCUUUGGGGGCGGGGCCGCGCGGCGAGCGCGCGCCUCCUGACGUCAUCGCCGCGCGCCGCCGCUUGCGCUUCUGCCACUUCGCGGGAGAAGUUGUUGGCGCCAAUGGAUCCCGAGCCCCGAUAACGGAUUUCCCCAGCCGCGGGCCUGCCCACCUGUUCCUCUUCGGUCUUGGGGCUGCGAUGGACAUUCGGAAAUUUUUUGGGGUUAUAUCAAGUGAAAAAAAGCCUGUAAGUGAGACGGUAAAGAAGAAUGAGAAAAUAAAACCCUCGGCGGGAACUGCCAAAGGAAAGAAAGGAGUAAAGGAAGUCAAGGUUAAUAAUUCCUGUAAAGAGGAUGCCUCCAAACCAAAGCAGAACAACAAGAAAAAGAGGAUCAUCUAUGAUUCAGAUUCAGACUCAGAGGAGACAGUGCAGGUGAAAAAUGCUAAAAAGAAAUCAGAAAAGUUGCCACUGUUUUCUAAACCUGGUAAAAUUUCUCGGAAGGAUCCUGUUACUUACAUUUCUGAGACAGAUGAAGACGAUGACUUUGUAUGUAAAAAGGCAACCUCCAAAGCAAAAGAGAAUGGAGUAUCUACAAACAGUUACCUUGGAGCAUCAAACAUGAAAAAGAAUGAAGAAAACACUAAGACUAAGAAUAAACCUUUAUCACCAAUAAAACUUACACCAACAUCAGUGCUCGAUUAUUUUGGAACUGAAAGUGUCCAGAGAUCUGGUAAGAAGAUGGUGGCAAGCAAAAGAAAAGAGUCUUCUCAAAGCACGGCUGAUUCCAGAUUAAAUGACGAGGCCAUCGCCAGGCAGCUGCAGCUGGAUGAAGAGGCAGAGCUGGAGAGGCAGUUGCAUGAAGAUGAAGAGUUUGCUCGAACAUUAGCCAUGUUGGAUGAAGAACCCAAGACCAAAAUGGCCCGAAAGGACCCUGAAGAGGGAGAAUCAUUUUUACCUCUCCAAGCUGAUCUAAGCAAAGCAGAAAAUCAAAAGAGCCCUAAUAAAGCAGGGCAUUUCUUAAAUGAAAGAAAGACCUGCAGUCCUGCUAAGCCCAGUAAGGGUGGGAGCUCCAAAGGAUCUGAACAGCCCCACAGCUCAUCAGCUCAUCAGAGGGAAGCCGGUUCCUCUCCCAAGGCCAGCUCCAAGCUGGCACUUAUGAAAGCAAAAGAAGAAAGUUCUUACAAAGACACAGAGCUGAUUGCCUCAAAAAGAAAAGAAAACACCAUUGAACUUAAAGAAGAGAAACAAACUCCUAAGAAAACCAAAAGUUCCCCAGCUAAAAAAGAGUCUGUAAGUCCAGAAGAUUCUGAAAAGAAGCGCACUAAUUACCAGGCUUAUCGAAGCUUCUUAAAUCGUGAAGGUCCCAAAGCUCUGGGCUCCAAAGAAAUACCCAAGGGAGCUGAAAAUUGCUUAGAAGGCCUGACAUUUGUGAUCACGGGCGUGCUGGAGUCCAUUGAACGGGAAGAAGCCAAAUCUCUAAUUGAACGUUAUGGGGGGAAAGUAACAGGAAAUGUAAGCAAGAAAACCAACUAUCUGAUCAUGGGCCGGGACGGCGGACAGUCCAAGAGUGACAAGGCAGCAGCUCUGGGAACAAAAAUCCUUGAUGAAGAUGGUCUGUUGGAUCUGAUUCGAACUAUGCCAGGCAAGAAAUCCAAGUAUGAAAUAGCUGCUGAAGCUGAGAUGAAGAAAGGAAAGUCCAAAUUGGGACAAACACCCAAAAAAAAUGACCAAGGAAAAAGAAAAAUUAGUCCAACCAAGAAGGAAUCAGAGUCUAAAAAGAGCAAACUGACUCCCCAAAAGUGCAGCCCGGCGAAGGCCAUGAAGAAGGAAGCAGAUGUGUUUCAGAGGGGCGUGGACUUCACGGAGCAGGAAGUGAAGGAGACGUCUGGCCACAGCAGGGCUCAGGGUCUGGCUGAGGACAGCAGCGGGAACAAGGUGGAGAACCUGCUCUGGGUGGAUAAGUACAAGCCCACCUCACUCAAGCACAUAAUCGGACAGCAAGGUGACCAGAGCUGUGCCAACAAACUGCUACGCUGGCUCAGAAACUGGCAUAAGAGUUCUCCCGAAGAGAAAAAACAUGCAGCAAAAUUUGGCAAACUUUCCAGCAAAGAUGAUGGUUCCAGUUUCAAGGCAGCAUUGCUGUCUGGACCCCCGGGUGUUGGCAAAACCACUACAGCUUCUCUUGUGUGUCAGGAACUGGGCUACAGUUACGUGGAAUUAAAUGCAAGUGAUACUCGAAGUAAGAACAGUUUGAAAUCAGUUGUUGCUGAGUCAUUGAAUAACACCAGCAUCAAAGGCUUUUAUACAAGCGGAGCAGCUCCUUCGGUAAGCUCGAAGCAUGCUCUCAUCAUGGAUGAGGUCGAUGGCAUGGCAGGCAGUGAGGACAGGGGCGGAAUUCAGGAACUCAUAGGCCUGAUAAAGCAUACUAAAAUCCCUAUCAUUUGUAUGUGCAAUGAUAGAAAUCAUCCCAAAAUUCGCUCUUUGGUUCAUUAUUGUUUUGAUCUUCGUUUCCAAAGACCUCGGGUUGAACAGAUUAAGAGUGCGAUGCUGUCUAUUGCAUUUAAAGAGGGUUUGAAGAUCCCCCCUCCAGCCAUGAAUGAAAUAAUUUUGGGAGCUAAUCAAGAUGUCAGACAGGUUUUACAUAAUAUGAGUAUGUGGUGUGCACAAAGUAAGGCACUAACGUAUGACCAAGCCAAGACUGAUUCUCAGAGGGCCAAGAAGGACAUCAAACUGGGCCCAUUUGAUGUUGCCCGGAAGGUGUUUGCAGCUGGAGAGGAGACUGCACACAUGUCACUGAUGGACAAAUCGGAUCUCUUUUUCCAUGACUAUUCCAUAGCCCCCCUCUUUGUUCAGGAGAACUAUCUCCAUGUAAAGCCUGUGGCUGCAGGGGGUGACAUGAAAAAGCACUUGAUGCUUUUAAGCCGGGCGGCAGACAGCAUAUGUGACGGUGACUUAGUGGACAGUCAGGUCCGGAGUAAGCAGAACUGGAGUCUUCUGCCCACACAGGCCAUUUAUGCCAGUGUUCUUCCUGGAGAGUUGAUGAGGGGCUACAUGACUCAGUUUCCCAGCUUCCCAAGCUGGCUGGGGAAGCAUUCAUCUACGGGCAAACAUGACCGGAUUGUUCAGGACCUGGCCUUGCACAUGAGUCUUAGAACUUACUCCAGCAAAAGAACGGUGAACAUGGAUUACCUGUCACACAUCAGAGAUGCACUUGUGCGACCCUUGACCUCACAAGGGGUAGAAGGAGUUCAGCAUGUUGUCACACUCAUGGACACGUAUUAUUUAGUGAGAGAAGACUUUGAGAAUAUCAUGGAAGUUAGCAGCUGGGGUGGCAAGCCCAGUCCCUUUUCCAGGCUGGAUCCUAAGGUGAAAGCAGCCUUCACAAGAGCUUAUAAUAAGGAAGUCCACCUGACUCCGUACUCGCUUCAGGCAGUAAAGACAUCAAGACUCAGCACAGGCCCAGCACUGGAUUCUGAGUACCAUGAAGAGUCACAGGAAGAUGACAGUCAGUCUGAUGAGAAGGAGCAGGAUGCCAUAGAGACUGAUGCCAUGAUCAAGAAAAAGACAGGAUCUUCAAAGUCUUCAAAACCAGACAAAGAUAAGGAGUCCAAAAAAGGAAAAGGAAAAAGUUGGAAGAAAUGAAACCAUGUUCAGUACCAAUAGCUGUGUUUCACUUACCCUCUCAACUAGCCCAUUGGAAAGCCGUGCCCCUUACCCCAGAGUAGCCAGUGCAACACAGUGGGGUGGCCUGGUGGUCCCAUCAUAGAGGACGGUACAGCUAGGCGGGCUAGCUAGCAACUCUCACACCCCUCUUAUAGAGGGGGACAGGAUGCUUCAGCCUGCACCGUCCCUGCCAACCCAGUUAGAGUGCUGGGAUUCAAAACUAGGAGCACACAGGCUUCGGAGUCAGAUUUUAGUUAAGUCUGGAUGCAGUGGAACUGAGGCAUCUUUUGUAGCCUAACAGUUUGUCCUCAUGGCUGUUAAAGGACCAGGGCUGAUUUUUUUUUUUAAGAACUCAGUAGUUCUUAUUUUAUGGAGAAAUUCUGUAAAUAAACCUUAAUACAAAGUAGCCACCACCUGGAGCUGAGUAUUCUUGGUUCAUUGUCAAGCUGCAAAGUAGGCAUCAGGAAUCGAAUGUCUAUGGACUGCAUGGAUCAUUCUUAAGAUUGUCAUCUUGUACAGCAAAAAUAUUAUGUUAGUAUAUUACUUUCCUUAUUAAUUUGAUUAGAUUAAAAUAUUUGGCAUAACCCUGUGAAUCACAGUUCUCCAGGUAGAGAGCUCAAAUCACAGCAUCCCUCUGCACUAACCACAUUGCUGCUGUAGGUAGUCGCUGAGAGGCCUCUCGGGUAUGCGGACACUGGACUGCCACACAUUCCUGUCCUCCUGCAGUCUCAACCUUCAGAGUGAAACCAGUAGUCUAGGAUGGGUCAGCUUUACAUGUUCAUUCUGAUGGGAGAUGCUGUCCUGUGAGGAGCUCAUAUCCCUACUGUAAUUUCAGGUUAUAUCUAGAACUGUGCUUGUUGAAGGACCCUAGGGCCAUGGACGUAACCUGGCCUUUGGGUGUUUAGCUUUUUAAUUCAGUAAGUGCUCAGAGGUCUAUGCUGCCUCUGUGAGGUGUAUGCCAGAAAGAAUUUGAGGACCAUGCUCUGCCUUUGAGGACUCAUGGCUUUGUUGGGAGAGGAGACGAGUCCUGGAGACAUCGCAGGUAUAUUAACCAGGGUGAAAGGUAUGCUUCACGGAGAUCGGUUCAGUAUGGAAAUAAACACUGCGCUUAAGCCUGA